UCACAGGCCACAUCAAGAAACCUCUCUUCUUUCUGGCUCCUUCCCGCUCCUUCCUUGCCGACCUUGGUCGCAUGCAUCUCAAUUCUUCAACUCUUCAAACUCAAACAUUCGACUUGUACCGGGAUAUAAUUCAGCCCCCAUAACCACACCCCAAACAGAAUAUGCCUCCCACUUACUCACACAACGAAGCCACCCUGAGAGGCGUCCUUCUUACUCUCAUACUCGCCAACCUCGUCUGGAUCGCAAGCAUGCUCGGCUCCAUCUACGAGGAGGACAUGGAGUGGGAUCCCUACACCGGCCUCCCUAUGUCCAACGACGACGAAGAUGCCCAAGGCCAGACGGCAGCAUCUGCUGCCACGCGAGCUCGCCCAAAACCUACACUUGACAACUUUCUCAUCUCUUGCAAGAUUGGCACGCCUCGCCUCGUCAAAUUUGCCGUCCGCGCCUUCUUUGGCUCUUGAGCUACGAGUGUACUGGGGUAUCAUGAAGAGACCAGCAGAAUGGGACAGCGAACUCGGGAACAUGAACCCAAGGAGGAUGAGGGCGGAAUCAUCAGCCAAACAAUACUGGGCCGAGCAUCUUCGAAAC